AUUACAGAUGGCGGUCUCAACAUCAUCUUGGAAGGAACUUAGGAGUGUUCUUGAUUCUGACAAGAAAUUGCUGAAAAAACCUAACCUGCCACUGAUGGCAAAUCAGCUCAACUCGCUUAGUCUUCGUAUGCAAGAUGAAGAACUGCCUCGACAUGCUGCUGUUUGCCAUGUUGAACAGGCUCAUCUUUACCAGAAGAUGGGGAAUCCCAACGAGGAAAGGAAACAGUAUGCCACAGCUGCCGGUCUGCUCAAUAGUACUAUCCGUUCAGAUAUGAUGAACAGGAGCAGAGUUUAUAGCAGUUCGCCUAGUGAGAUGGCUGACGCUUACUCCAAAUCAAUCAAGAUUGCCAUGGAUAUGAAAGCAUUCAGAAUAGCAGGCCUUACAUCAUUGGAAGCCGCGAAAGCUCUGGUUGGCUGUAAUCAUUACGACAUGGCGGAGGAACACGCACAGAGGGCUGUGCGACUUCUCGAGGGCGAAUUCUACACGUAUACUCGUGCUGUCUACCUACUUGCGGAGAUCCACUUCCACUUAUCCGAGUGGGAGCACUUGCUAGCUGACAUCGACGAUUUGUGGAUGAAUGUUAUGAAAACUCGACCGAAAAGUGUGGCUGGUAGGCGGAUCCUAAAAGACCUGGAAGUGAUGACCGUGUUAAUUUUGCAGAAGUCUCAGGUUACUCCAAGUGGUCGGCAUAAAUUGUUGAAGGAGCUUUACGAAACCAGAAAGACAGACGAACCUCAAAAGAAAACCACUAAACCGCCAGUGCCGGAUGAUUCAUCAUUGCCAAUUCAAGAGUUUAUCGUUUUCAAAAAGUUCCUGCAUUUGGCUUCUACCGGAAAUUUGCGAGAAGCGAGAGGACUGAUGUUUGAGAAGGGUUACAUGUCUACGGCAGCAACCCCGGUCAAAACUAUCCGUCCAAAGUUUUCGUUUCUCUCUCCACUAGGAAUCCAGGUGCUGCAACGAUUUUUGGAUGAAAAUCCAGAUGACUACGAGUACUGAUCGUCGUGCCGCUACUGCCUAUUCUAACGUGUGUGACCGUGUGAUCGAUGAUAUUCUGUGUGUGUUGCAGUCUUCCAGAACGUUGUUUUGCUGCGCGCAUUGCUCGCUCUCGUAGUCAAGGUGAUAUUCGUUCACCCACUCCGUUUCUCUUGCCCUCUACCCGUGUCGCUCAGUGCGUUCUUCGCUACGCUUUUUACGCUCUUCACAUUUGUCCAUUUUUGUAUCUAUUCGAAUUCUUCACAUUGAUCUCAAAAAUUUCGGUUCUAUGAUGUGAUAUGUACUGUACUUCUUUCCGUCUAUGUCUUGUUGAUUAUAGUAAUAAAUUGUCCAACAUAA